AUGGCAAUGGCAGUCGAUAAUCGUCAAAAUUCCCAUAUCAACGCUAUGGGAUACGAUCCGUUGCGUUACCAGCAACCGCACUUCACCAACCCGUGGGUGUCGGCUACUGGUGCAACCUCGCAGCCUCAACUUUACCCUACCUCGAUCGCACCCAACACUACCGCUGGACUGGAGGCUCAUCCCACCAGCCAGCCCCAGCAAGUGCAGCGACCGACCAGCAUUGCUCUCCCCUAUCAUGGCCUUGCAGUGACGGCACCUCCGCUUGGAACAGGUAUUAUCCUCCCGGAUGGAGCACUAGCAACAGAAAACUUACUUGAUACGUCCCAAGAUCUCUUGUCACGGAGUUACACGAGCGGAUACUCUACCUCUGCUGCUACCAAUAACACUACGUAUGCUCCCACCUCGGCUCCUUAUUCUCAGAUGGAUUAUACCACAAGCACACGAAGCCCAUAUGCAUAUCAGCAGGACUCUUCCCGUCGCUCCUCCCACCCGUCAGUACCCUCAACCGCGUUCUAUGAAAGCGUCGAUUCGCAAAGGCAACGCCAGAGUUCAUUAGUUGACUUCAGCAGAAUGGGACAACAGCACCCGCAGAGAAAUAGCUUCAGCGAUGCUCUCGAUGCCAGCCGUGGCAUGGUUUCCUUGAGCCAGUCGGACAUCACUCCAAGGAACAUCUACGGCAAUGGUUCGAGCCGCAGCUCCACCGAUUCGUAUGGCUUCCCGUCUGCCCACUCCGCCCACUCUUCCAUCUCCUCUGCAAGCUACAAUGCUUCCAACUACUACGGGGGCGAGGGCUCCGUGACCGACUACAGCUCCGCGUCCGAGUCCGUCGAUUUGUCCAAUCCCCGAACGCUUCCCCGCCCAAAUGCGCUCAUGGGCGCAAACAUUCCUCCAGCACCUCAGUCGAUGAUGGGCCAGUUCAGCUCCAAGGUUUCCUCCAGUUCCCAGAAGAAGCACAAGUGCAAGAUCUGCGACAAGCGUUUCACUCGCCCAAGUUCAUUACAGACUCACAUGUACAGCCAUACGGGAGAGAAGCCAUUUGCUUGUGAGGAACCAGGCUGUGGCCGCCACUUCUCCGUUGUGUCCAACUUGCGACGACACCGCAAGGUGCACAAGGGUGAAGGUCAAGACCACCCGUCACCCGACGACGCAUGA